CAGAGAUGGACGCAUCUUUACGCGAUCUGGACAUGUUUUUCUGAUGAAGUGGUUUUAAAUCCAUGUUUUUCCCAUUGCAGUGACCAGUUCUAGCAAUACAAAUCCUACAGAGAUUUUGGAGUUUAUAACAGUGAAAUACUUUGUUCUUGAUGGGAUAUCUUUCAAAGCAGCUCCUUAAAUUAAUUAUCCGAGCGAACGGGAGUUGAUGUGCAGAACAAGAUUUCAUCUUAACGGCUCAGUGUCCGCUAACGAGGUAACAAACACUUGGAUGGACGAUGUCACCUCAUUCUUGGAUACCGUUUGCACCCGAUUUUCCCCUGACAUCUAUUUGUUAUAAUUUGUGCAAUUUUUGACAAGAGUUGUGCAACAUCAUUUAAAGGCUAACAUAAUUAAGACUUUGCCUGAAAAAUUGUCCGUGUUCCUUGUCAUCUAGAAUCAUCUCGAUUUUGCGCACAAUAAUAAUGAACUAUUCUGAUGUCUCAACGUUUUCCGAUAUGACACUUAAUAUUUCUGGCCCUUUGUCCACCGACACUACAGGAUCAGACAUGGGAGUUGUGAGAGGCAUCAGUGAAGUGCCAGAACUGUUAGCCUUCCAGAGCCGAUACCAGAUAAUUCAUGGCUACCUUGCACCAAUCAUCUGCAUUUUCGGUGUGGUUGCAAAUAUUUUGAAUAUAGUUGUAUUGACAAGGAAGAAUAUGCAGACUUCUACAAAUGUUAUUUUAACUGGUUUGGCUAUAUCAGACGGUUUAACUAUGGCUGCCUACAUUCCAUACGCUUUAUUGCUGUAUGUAAUUCACGGAACUAGAAGUACCCCAAUCCGAGAUUCGUACGGGGUAGCUCAAUUUCAUAUCGGGUACGCAUUAUUUAGUGUUGUUGUUCACUCUAUAUCAAUCUGGCUAACGGUUACUUUAGCUUUGUUUCGAUAUAUUUUCAUUCGUUUCCCUCGCCUGGGUGCGCAGUAUUGUAACAUUCAUAAGGCGAAGAUCGCAGUCGUGGCAGUAGUUAUAGUUGUCUCACUAGUAUGCGUUCCGUACUCGGUAAAUUUUACAAUAGGAGAACAUAAUUUUACGGAUCCAAAUGGAGUGAUACCAAACGGAACAACCUACACCAUACAAAUGAAACAAGAGAGUGAGUUUGAAAAGAUAUUGUACAAUAUAAAUUUCUGGAUACAAGCUAUCCUUAUUAAACUCCUACCAAGUUUCCUAUUGACCAUUUUUAGUAUUCUUCUGGUGAAUACCAUGAGAAAUGCUGAAAAGCGAAGGAAGAAAUUGUUAAAUAAUGUCCCCAUGUCGGAUGAGAAUGGGGCCACUAGUGCUAGCAGCACGACGACGGCAUCACGGAAGCAGAAAAAAAGUCGCAGUAACCGGACAACCAAGAUGCUCCUGGCAGUGGUAAUUCUAUUUUUACUUACAGAAACGCCUCAAGGGAUCCUCAGUGUUAUGGGUGGUCUAGACGAUAGUUUUUUCAUGCAUAUUUAUCUCCCCUUGGGGGAUUUAUUGGAUAUAAUCACAUUGAUAAACAAUGGAAUUAAUUUCGUUUUGUACUGCACCAUGAGCAAACAGUUCAGAGACACUUUCUUGAAAUUAUUUCUCAAAAACGUUCUUCAUCAGGAAUACCGGCGGACCAAAAACACUUACACUGCGGCUCAAGCCACGCAAGCGACCAAAGACUCCGAUGUGUAAACUUUGUUCUUGUGUAAAUGCAAAACUGGUUAUUUUUGAAUAUGUUAGACGUUGCGGUGAGUUUGUUUUUUUAAGUAUAUGGUGUAGACAGAUUGUAAACUAAGUUCAUGUUUACAUGUAUUCCUUAUUAAAAGCUUUAUCUGUAUUAGAAAUAUUGAAUGCUCAAGCCUUCAUGUAAUGUUCGUAUCCAUUAUCAUUUUUAUAUCGACAAUAGAAAAUGUAAACCCCUUUUUUCAUUUAUUAAUCCAUGCUUUUACGAAAAGGUUCUAAAUUCAGAAAAUGAUUGAGAAUUUCUAUUCGGUUGUUGAUGGUAAAUUAAUUAUAUUUUUCCUGCGUUGGAUUACAUCCAAAAACUUUGAUGGGUAUUUUUGUAAUUCUGAGAACAGAAUCAUUUUUCAUGCAACCAAGUCAAAAAACCAUAAAAUCAGAUACACUGAAUAAUUAAUUUCAUUUUAACAUUAUUCAACUGAUCAUUAACAGAGAUCAAUCGUGUCCAACAUAUCUCAUUUCCUUUACUUUAACUUUGUUUUUGUAAUCGACAAACUUAAUUAUCUUUUUGUCUAGACAUGAUUGAAAAGAUUUUGACUUUUUCUGAAAUGUCAGACGUGUUCUGCAGUUUACUUACUUGCAGAUUAUUUUGCUACUCUCUCAAAUUCAUCAAUUUAUAUCACGCAAACAGACGGGCCAAUCUGUGCUCCUCUUAAAUAUUUUGUUUUAAUGUUUCUAUGUCUUGUGUUAAAAAACUAAAUUAAAUGUUCAAAGAUAAAUCA